GGCGGCGUGGUGGGCGGGGCUUGAUGUGUCCGUGCGUGCCUGUGCGUGUAGUUCUCAGGUGCUGCUGGAUGUAGUCAGGAGCGGCACAAUGAGAGGAGUGCAUAAGAGGCUGUGGGAAGUGUGAGUGCAGGUGGUCCUGCCCAGAGGGUGGCAGUGAUGCCAGGCUUCACAAUAAGGACCAGUCUGUUUCCUUCUCGUUGUAGUACACAGGGCUGAGUGAUGAGUGUAGAGUGCAAGCUCUGCUGCCUUCCCACAGUGAUCAUAUACAAGCAUAGGAGCUGAUUUUACAUCAAGAUCGGGAACCAGACCAAAAAGGGGCAAUGCCAACCGCAGUGCGUUGCUCGUUUUUCCGUGUGGUCCUCGUUGCCCUCCUUCUAGUCGCUCUUCUUCAACUUCUUUACCUUUCGCUUCUCUCCAACUUACAUGGGCAGCAGCAGCAGCGUUCAGCGCACCCAGUGCUUGUGGGCACUCCUCAUACGGAGCCAAGAUGGCAGAGGGAACAGAAGGAUCAUCUGAAGGCUGUGUUGGCAUCUGGCGGUGUACUAGAUGCCAGCGGACAAUAUCGAAUUUAUCGCCACCUCUUGGCCCGUGAAGGAGGACAAACGAAAGACGUGGCAUUGGCCUCUCAUGGCAGUCUAAGCAACCUGUGGCAUUUGCAGGAACUGGUACGACGGUGGGAUGGCAGAAUUUCAUUGGCGCUGUUUGCUUCUAGCGCUGCGCAGGCUAAACUCGCUAUUGUGUUACCCUAUACCCUUGCCCAGCUGUGCCCUUCAGUCAGGCAAAGGGUGUCUUUUCAUCUUGUGUGCCAGUCUGGAGAUACAGCUGUUUUCCCAGAACAAGAUGAUGCGGCAGAGUUUGCCCAUCUUCAGACGUGCCAGGCUGUUUUUGCCAAGGUGGCAAAUCUAGGCACCAAUAUAAUAAACUAUGCAGGAAAUGUGUCUUAUCCUAACAACUUGCUAAGAAAUGUUGCCAGGACUGAAAUUGGGAGUACGGCUUUUGUACUGGUGGUCGAUAUAGAUAUGGUACCCAGUCAGGGUCUGAGGUCGGGUUUUUUGGAUUUGGCUGCUCAAGGGGUUGAUCCACACAUGGUGUUUGUAGUGCCCGCUUUUGAAAUCAGACAUACUCGGCGGCUGCCUGGCGCCAAGGAGGAAUUGUUGCGACUAUACCAGGUGGGAGAAGUGCGAGCGUUUUAUGAGGAGUUGUGCCCACGAUGCCAAGCACCUACUAACUAUUCAUUCUGGCUUAACUUGCCAGAGAAGGACACGUCUGGAAGGUUGGCAGUAACUUAUGUGGUUGAGUGGAGAGAUCCGUGGGAACCGUUUUAUAUUGGGAGUAAAGACGUGCCAGCCUACGAUGAGAGGUUCAAGCAGUAUGGAUUCAACAGAAUCAGUCAGGCUUGUGAACUCAAUAUGGCUGGCUUCUCCUUUGCUGUCCUGGACUCUGCGUUUUUGCUUCAUAAAGGAUACAAGCUACCUGGAGACUUUCACAGUCAGAAAGAGGCGGAGAACAAAAGAAAUCGGUUACUGUACAGAGGAUUCAAGGAGGAGCUGAAGAUGAAGUAUCCAGAUUCCAGCAGACGCUGCUAAUAAAGCCUUUACCUGAACAGCCUAAGGACCAAGCUUCUCCUAUGAGGAAUGACAUAUGUAGAGAUGAGCGAACUUACAGUAAAUUCAAUUCGUCACGAACUUCUCGGCUCGGCAGUUGAU